CUUACUGAGUCCGUGAACUAUCCAGUACUUGUAGCUCGUGAUACAAACUGAUUCGUCAGCUGCCAUGGCCGUCUCCACUCCUCUCCAGCAGAGCCUCACGAAGAAGAUCCUCACCUUGUCGCUCUACACCAUUGCCCCCCUCGCCCUCCUCGUCUACCUCCUCUCCCCUUCUCCCAUAACCGGCCUCUCCUACGCUUCCACCUCAAAGACGCAGCAGGGGUUGAGUACUGCAGCAGGGGCGGCGGCAAGAAAGCAGCAGCGGGCCAAGGCGUCCCCAGCGCCGGCGCAGCGGUGCGACUACUCCGAGGGGGAAUGGGUGCCGAACGCGGCGGGGCCGCGGUACAACGGGACGAGCUGCGGUGCGACGAUCAAGGACGGGCAGAACUGUGCCGUGAACGGGCGGCCGGACACGGGGUACCUUCACUGGCGGUGGCGCCCGCGAGGGUGCGCGCUCCCGCCGUUCUCCCCCGCGGAGUUCCUUGAGCAGGUGCGGGGGCGGCACGUCGCGUUCGUCGGCGACUCGCUGGCGCGGAACCAGUGCGAGUCCCUGGUGUGCCUCCUCGGCUCGGAGUUCCCCGCCGAGCUGGUCCAAGACGGCGGCUCGGAGCGCAAGUUCCGGCGGUGGGCGUUCCGGUCGCACAACGCGACGGUGUCGGUGUUCUGGUCGCCGUUCCUGGUGAACGGCACGGAGAAGUCGGCCUCGCCGGGCGCGGGCGGGAUGGACGCCCACAACAGGAUCUACUUCGACCAGCCCGACGAGCGGUGGGCGGCGGAGGUCCCGGGCGUGGACGUGGUGGUGCUCUCGUUCGGGCAGUGGUUCAUGCUCCCGGCGGUGUACUACGACCGCGGCGCGGCGAUCGGGUGCCACCACUGCCCGUCAGAGACCAACCGCACGGAGACGGGCUUCUUCGGCGUGUUCCGCCUCGCCGCCAAGAACGCCCUCCGCGAGGUCAUCGCCCGCUCCAGCGCCGGUCGCCGGGAGAAGCUAGCCGUGCUGACGACGUUCUCGCCGGCGCACUUCGUCGGGGAGUGGGACAGCCCGGACGCGUGCGCGCGGACGCAGCCGUACGCGCCGGGGGAGAACGAGAUGUCGUACAUGCACAAGGAGAUGUGGCGGACGGGAGCGGAGGAGGCCGCGGCGGCUGCCGACGAUGCCAGGUUGCGCGGGUCGGGCGUGACGGUGGAGGCGCUCGAGGUGACGAGGCUGGCGGACAUGCGCGCGGACGGGCACCCGGGGCCGUACUUCCACGCGUUCCCGUUUGCCGGCGACGGCGGCAAGAAGAGGGAGCGGGUGCCGAACGACUGCGUGCACUGGUGCCUCCCCGGCCCCAUUGACACUUGGAAUGAGAUCCUGCUGCAGAUUGUCAAGCGAUGGAGGAAGAACGCCUCCUCCUCCAUAUGAUACUCAACCGUAGUCUUUUUUUUUUCCAGCUAAUAGCCACCAGUGAGUGAGACAAUGCUCCCACCGCUCCUAAAUAUUUGCCACAUUAUAAUAAAUCUAGACAUGUUUUAGCCUAUGUUUUAUCUAAUCCUGUGGUAAAUAUUUAAGGCUGGAGGAGUAUGUUUUGUGGGAUUUAUACUGAAACAGAGCAUAUCAUC